AUGGACAACACUUUAAAGAAAGAAAGGUCUACCAACGGGAGGGCUAGCACGAAGGACGACGCCCCGGGAGCCGAGCCGACCAGGCUGGAACCUCAGAAAGCAAAUAGCGAAGAAGAGGCGCAAUCCGACGAUAGAGACGAGUCUGGAGAGAAAUAUGGUUCUUCAGGUCUUGAUAGGAGUGUUUAUUCCACGGAAGAAGGUUACGAAACCCCAGUGAAUGGCUUAGAAACUACCGCAGAUGGGGAUAAGACAGAUGAAGCUAGUUACGCUUCUGCUCUUAAACUUGGUUUGAAUGGACAAGACACAGACAUUGUACCAUAUGGGCGUGGUCUUAACUCGCAAGAUGACGAUGAUUCCUAUCCUGAGCUGGAUGAUCUAACAAUGGACGAAAUUUAUUCGCCGCCAAGGCCAAGUCCUAACGGAGGGAUCCGGUGGGCUCCGUGGAAUGUUCCAUGGAAACGCAGAAUGCAGACACUUGUUGUGCUUAUGCACUGCAUGUGUAUCGCCAUAACGGUUUCCAUCUUCUUCGCGCUGUGUGCCAAUCCCUUUGCUUGGCCAUUGUUGCUUGUAUACCUUCUACAUGUGUUGAGCUCGAAGGCUGCUACGGAUGGAUCGUUGAGAUACCGAUCCGAAUGGUUUCGCAAAAGCUACAUGUGGCAUCUCUUCGCGGGCUACUUCCCAGCCAAGCUUCAUAAAACUCACGACCUGCCACCCACUCGGAAGUAUAUCUUCGGUUACCACCCGCAUGGUAUUAUCUCACAUGGUGCGAUGGCGGCUUUUGGCACUGAGGCACUAGGCUUCUCUAAGAAAUUUCCCGGCAUCACGAACAGUGUUCUGACUUUGGACUCGAACUUCCGCAUUCCACUGUAUCGCGAGUAUAUACUAGCUUUAGGGUUACGAUCAGUUUCGAAAGAAUCCAUUGUCAAUAUCUUGACAAAAGGCGGACCGAAUGGAGAGGGCAUGGGCCGCGCCGUCACUAUUGUUAUCGGUGGCGCUCGUGAGUCUCUUGAAGCGCAACCAGGUCAGAUGCGUUUGAUUUUGAAAGAACGCAAGGGUUUCGUCAGAAUUGCUGUUAGAACCGGCGCGGAUCUAGUACCCGUGCUCGCAUUUGGUGAGAACAACCUAUACGACCAACUACAUCCUAAGGAGCACCCACUCGUACACAAACUGCAAAUGUUUGUCCUAAAGGUGUGGAAAUUCACCCUACCAUUCCUACACGGGCGAGGUAUUUUCAAUUAUGAUGUAGGUUUGAUGCCGUACCGCCGCCCGUUGAACGUGGUGGUCGGAGCUCCGAUCAAAGUUACGCAGUCGGCCGUCGUGGACCAGGCGGAGGUCGACCGAUUGCAUGACCAGUACAUUACCGAGCUAGAGAAGCUGUGGGAUCAAUAUAAGGACAAGUUUGCUCCCGACAGGAAGGAAGAGAUGCAAAUAUUAUCCUAG